GUUUGCUUAAGUGUGUGUUUGGAGGUCGGCUGCCUCUUCCUCCACUGAGCCCCUCACACCACAGACCUCAGUGAACCAGCAGAAGAUCAGCAGCAUCUCUUUGCACGGCUUCACAGACUAUUCACAGGAGGGAGACAUGAAGCUGCUGGUGUUGCUCGGUAUUGUCUUCUGCCUCUUUGCCUGUCAUCUCAGUGAGGCCAGGAUCAUCCCAGAAGGAGUGCCUUAUGAUGAACCACCAGCUGUUCCCUACUGGCCGUACACCACCUCUGACUUCUGGAACUACAUUGAGUACUUCAGAUCCAUCGGAGCCUACAACUACAUCAAUGAGAUGGCCCGGGCCUUCUUCGCCCACCAGCCCAUAGGAGACACUCUAGGAUAUGAGACCAAUGCAGGACAUGAACACUAAGAGAGGUGCUAGACCCAAAAGAGAGAAAAAGUGAAAAGAGCAUGACAUGAAAAAAAAAUGUUAUCAUGAGGGUUUAUUAAAGGGAAAUAAGGAAAUUAUUAUAAAUAUGAAACAACAGGGGGAUGUGAAAAGGAACACAGAUUUUUUUAGUAGCUUAGUCACAUAUAUACAAUAGAAUUAGAAAUAAAUAGCCCUCUUAUUGUCAUAUAAAGUGCCACAAAUAAAUAAACAAACCAUUCUUCAAAUA